UUAUUCUAGGUUCUAAUGGAGAACCACAGUAGAGCAAGAACUAUCUUAAAUUUAGCGCUUCGCUCCGAGAAAGUCGAAGGAAGUAGAAAGAGGGCCCGUAAAAAUUUAUUAUCCCUCAUUAAAGAUGCCGAGAGUAAUCCAGCUGAACAUUUAGGUGUUUCAACUGAUAGAAGUGAAUUGUUAACUCUACAACAAGAUGGAAUGGACAGUGUUGAGGAAAAAAAUGAAGAAAUAGACACUGGUUGUUUAUCCAAUGAUUCUAUGAUGAUUUCUUGUCAAGAAGAACCCUCUUCUGAGUGUGAAGUCCAAUUUUCCAUUACAGAAAUGUUUCCUGAAGUUUCUCCUCGUAAGGCAGAAGUGACGAAUUCGAAUAUUGUAGCAACUCAGUCUAAUGCAGACGAUAUAACUAUAAAUACUGCUCAAGAAGACUUUCCUGCUUAUGAUAUAUCGCCAGCAGUAAGCGCAAUAGAAGGAUUAAACCAAAUUGAUACCGCUGAAACACCUAUAUAUCAUGAGAUGGAACCAUACAACAUCACUAAUGAUGGUCAGUCUCCCAAAGAAUCUUUAGCGCUAAACGACGAUUCAAAUGUAUCUGAAAUAGGCAUUUUAGAAGAAGGCGCUGGAAAAGAGAAUUUGAUUCUUCCGUCAACUUCUGCUGGUAAUAAAAGACCAAAACGCAGAGUUAAACAAAAGAGUGUUGCUUAUUUGGACUAUUUAUCUGAUGACGAAGUACUUUUCACUGACAAUGAUUCUGAUGUAUGGGAAGAAGAGCUAAGUUCGUCGUCCGAGGAUGAGGUAAAUCAAAAUUUCAAAGGGAAACAAAAAAAAAAUAUUAACAAAGAAAAAAAUAAUAAUAAUGAUGCAGAAGAAGAAGAUAAGAAUAUAGUCGGAGAAUUAGGUAAAAUUACCAAGAAACCAAAUAAAAGAGCACUAAAGAAAAAGGCUAAACAAUCCGGCCAAGAAUAUGUUAAAUCCGAUGGAACUGUGGUACCAGCAAAACAAAUAAAGCCAAAUCCCUGUUCAGGUAAAAAAUGUGGAAAUAACUGUGAAAAUAUAUCUGAUGAGAGGAGAAAACUCAUUUUUGAUCAUUUCUGGAACCUUUCUGUGGAUCGUCGUAAAGAUUGGAUUGUUGCCAUGUCACAAAAAUCAAUGGUUAAGAGAAAAAGAUCUACAGAGUCUGAGAAGCGCCAGUUUACUUUCAAAUACUUUAUAAAUGAAGGAGAAGGCAAACGAUCCAUCUGCCUCCAGUUUUUAUGUAAUACAUUGGAUGUUUCUCAAAAGUUUAUCUAUUAUACUGUAAGCAACGCUUCAUUUGGUUCUGCUCAAGAAGAUUUACGCGGCAAAAGUAUACCACCAAACAAAACGAAAGAAGGACCUAUAUUGCAAGUAAUGAAUUUUAUAAAAAGUCUACCAGCUGUACCAUCGCAUUACAGUCGAAAGGAUUCAAACCGUUUAUAUCUUCCACAAGAGCUUAAAAAUCUAUCCCAUUUGUACCAGGUAUACAAAAAGAAUCACAUUGAGCAGGGAAUUGAUGUAGUGGGAGAAAGGGUAUUUCGAAAUAUCUUCAACAAAAAUUUCAACAUUGGGUUUCACGUGCCCAAAAAAGACAAAUGUUUACAAUGUAUUCGGUUCGAAAGGACAGACAAGGCUGAUGAGAAUAUGCAGAAGGCUAAACAAGAUCAUGAAACAGAGAAAAAUCAUACCUAUAAUCGUUUUAAAAUGCAUCAAAAUAUUCAUAAAACGGAUCCCACCACCUUAUGCGUCAGUUUUGACUUACAAAAGGUUUUAAACACACCUCAUGGCGAGAGUAUGCUUCUAUACUAUUCGAGAAAGAUUUCCGUAUUUAACCUUACCUUUUAUGAGAGUGGUACUCGUGAUGUUUUUUGCUAUUACUGGGAUGAAGUCAACGGAAAACGUGGAGCAAAUGAGGUUGGCACUAUUUUAAACCGAUAUAUAAACAUGAUUGAUAAACGCGAGUCUGUUAGAAAUUUGCUUUUGUAUUGCGACUGCUGCCCUGGACAGAAUCGCAACAAAACAAUUCUAUCUAUGAUCCAUGCCACUCUACAAAAUUGUAAAUUUAUCGAAACUAUCCAGAUUAAUUUUCUACUCACGGGGCAUACAUACAUGCCUGUAGAUUCUGUGCAUGCCAUAAUCGAGCGAAAUACGAAACAUUCCAUUAUUUGGGCUCCUUCUCAAUGGUUCACUGUUUUUACGACGGCAAGACAAGAUCCAAGGCCUUAUAAUGUUGAGUACCUGAGUUUCAAAGAUUUUAACAAAUAUGACGUUUUUGGUGAGAAGUAUUUUAAAGGAAACCUAACUGGCAAAAUCAGUAAAAUUCGUAUCUGUACAUUCAAAAAAAAAGACUCACAUAAAAUUAAAAUAAAAAAUUCAAUGGAUGAUAAAGCUCCUAGUUUUGAUAUCGAAGUUCAAACGAGGGUAAAAGGUGUUCUUACCAGUUGCUACAAAACACCUUUAGCAAUUUCCAAACAAAAAUACGAAGAUCUUCAUAAACUAUGCAAAAAUAAUGUUAUACCACCAAUUUUUCAUCACGAAUAUGUAAAUCUUCCUACGGGAACUCACCUGAAAGACACUCUUCCCGAUACCGAUAUAGAAGACGAAUUCGAGUAAAUUAUUUUUGAUAACUUGUAUUUCAUGGAAAUUUUAUUUGAAGAUGAUUGUUACUUUACUCUAGAAAUUACGCUCCUUAGAUUUUAAGAUUAUUCCAAGGAAUUUAUUUUUUAUUUUAAAGGCUUGAUGGCGUGAUAUUAUUUAUAAUUUGAAUACAAGCUUGAUGUCAUUGGAGAAUAAA